AUGAGUACUGCAAAAAUAGACCACAAAUCAAGUGACACAUCACAUCACAGUGUUCCACCUGCAUCAGAGAAGUUAUCUUCAUUAGAUGAGAAAGCAAUUUCAUUAUUUCAACAAGCAGUUGAAAGAGAAGCCCAAGGUUUGAUGUCAGAUGCAGUGGAUCUAUAUAGAAAAGCAUUUCGUAUGAAUGAUCAAGUUGAUAAACUUUAUCGAUCAGUUCAUUUACCAAAAGCCAUACAGAAGUUAAAAGCAGAAAGGGGUGAUAAUUAUCUUCAAAGAGUUGAUGAACAUCAAGUUUCUAAGAUUAACGUUGAUAAAUUAAUUGCAAGUUUCCAUAAUAUUGAUGCAUCUCCCCCUGAUCCACUAAGCGCUGAUUCAGAUGGUGAUCAUAAUGCAUUGACAAUUAAGUUUUCCGAUUUAAAUUUAAAACAAGAAACAAUAUUCACUAAUCCGGUGUCUCCAUUAAUUCACUUACCAAACGAGGUCUGGGUAAACAUAAUGGAAAUUCUUCUACAUACAUCACCUGUUUCAUGGAUGAAUUUAUCAAUAUGUUGUAAGAAAUUUGCCUUUUUAGGAUUGGGACAACCAACAAUCUGGCGUCAAUUGGCACAACUUGUAUAUUCCAAGCAAGUAUAUGAUUCAACUCCUAAUCCACAUUCCGAUUUGGCAACAAUUUCAAUCAACGAUACAUACAAAUCCAUUGUAUCUAAGUUUCCAUUUAUCAAAUUCAAUGGAUGCUAUAUCUCAGUAGUUAAUUAUUAUUCCGAAGGGGGAAAAGCUGAGUUUAGUUCAAGUUGGUCUAAUCCAGUUAGAACUAUUACAUAUUAUAGAUACUUGCGAUUCUAUCCAGAUGGAACCGUAUUAAAAGUAUUAUCUGUUUUACCUCCUCAACAAGUUGUCAAGUUCUUGAUUAAAGGUAAGUCUACUUUGCCGACAAUUUCAGAAACUGGUGUUGCAGUAUAUCAAACUGAUGAAAAUAGACAAAGUCAUAAGAUACAAGUUGGAUCCUGGUCAAUGACUCCAGAUGGAAAAGUGCAUAUUAUUCUCGAACAUGAAGCUAUUAAUUAUUUGGUCUUCCAUUACUUUUACGAGAUUAAAGAUCUUGGAUCUCAUAGACAUAAUAAGUUGAAGUGGCUUGAAUAUUAUUCUGUAAGAAAACCUAUGGAAAAUGAAGACGGAGAAGAAGGUGAAAGAGCAGGUGAAGUAAUGGACUUUUCAAUUAGAAACGAAAAACCUUUCAAGUUUCUGAGAGUAGGAAGUUAUACUUUAGACAAUUGA